ACCCGCACCGGGUUGCUGGACACCUCUGUUCCCCUCCCCCCAGCCGCCCCCCUCCCCCUCUAUCCCGGCCCUGAGCUCUGUGGUGCUCGGGGCUCUGCUUGUGGGGCCCCCCCCCCGCAUCAAAGCCAGGCUGGGCUGUGUGCCCCCAGCGAUGGGGUCCCCGGAGACUCACCGGUGCCCUCCCCCGUGCCGGCUCCACGCAUCUCCCGUUUGUAGCCCCCCACUCCCGGCCAGGCCUAUUGCACCCCCAUCACCACCUCACCUCCCCAGCCCCCUCACCCCCCUCCCCGACCAGCUGCGUCCCCCCGCAGGAGCUGCAGCGACUGCAGGAUGAGGGAUUUGGGGUCCCCAAGCUGGGGGGCUGGGGUCCCAUAUCCCCCUCCCUGGUGUGGCCCUGAGGCAGAGAGGACACCCCCACGGCCGUGGCCCGGUUGGGGUCCCCAGGGCUGGGUGGUGCAGGCAGCAGGCAGUGGGAGGGUGACCUACUUCGUGCGUGUCCCCUGGGAUGCGACCCCCAAAACGCCGGCUCCCCCCGCGCCCGCGGGCUCCGCUCGGCGGCAGGGCAGUGCCCUGGCGGUCCCCGCACGCUGCGGUUCCGGUGACCUUAUCCCGGAGAGCCAAGAUAAGCUCUUCGGGAAGCGACUGCUCCAGGCUGGGCGUUACAUCAUGUCCCACAAGGCCUGGAUGAAGACGGUGCCCACCGAGAACUGCGACGUGCUCAUGACCUUCCCGGACACCACCGAUGACCACACACUGCUCUGGCUGCUGAACCACAUCCGCCUGGGCAUCCCCGAGCUGAUCGUGCAGGUCCGGCACCACAAGCACACUCGCGUCUACGCCUUCUUCGUCACCGCCACCUACGAGAGCUUGCUGCGUGGCGCUGACGAGAUCGGGCUGCGGAAGCCUGUGAAGGCAGAGUUCGGAGGAGGCAUGAGGAGCUUCUCCUGCGAGGAGGAUUACAUCUACGAGAACAUCGAGAACGAGCUCUACUUCUUCACCUCUCAGGAACGGCAAAACAUCAUCAGGUACUGGCUGGAGAACCUGCGGGCCAAGCAGGGUGAGGCACUGCACAACAUCCACUUCCUGGAGGGACAGCCCAUCAUCCCAGAGCUGGCAGCCCGCGGUGUGAUCCAGCAGAUCUUCCCCCUGCACGAGCAGAGGAUCCUCAAGAGGCUGAUGAAGUCCUGGGUGCAGGCAGUCUGCGAGGCUCAGCCGCUUGAUGAGAUCUGUGACUACUUCGGGGUGAAGAUCGCUCUGUACUUUGCCUGGUUGGGCUUCUACACCUCAGCCAUGGUCUACCCUGCUGUCUUUGGCUCCAUCCUCUACACCUUCACUGAGAGUGACCAGUUGGUGCUGUCCAUCCCACAGACCAGCCAAGACAUCUGCUGUGUGGUCUUUGCCAUCUUCAAUGUCAUCUGGGCCACCUUCUUCCUGGAGGAGUGGAAGCGACGCGGAGCUGAGUUCGCCUACAAGUGGGGGACCUUGGACACCCCAGCUGAGUCCAUCGAGGAGCCCAGGCCCCAGUUCAGGGGCAUUAAGAGGAUCAGCCCCGUGACCAGCACCGAGGAGUUUUACUACCCCCCCUGGAAGCGUUUGCUCUUCCAGUGCCUGGUCAGCCUCCCCGUCUGCCUCGUCUGCCUCUCCCUCGUCUUCCUCCUCAUGCUGGGCUGCUUCCAGCUCCAGGAAUUCGUGCUGAGCAUCCAGGAGCUUCCCCGGAUCGUCCGUUUCCUGCCCAAAAUCGUCCUGGCUGUCAUCGUCACCGCCUGUGACGAGCUCUACAAGAAGAUUGCUUACUGGCUGAACGACAUGGAGAACUAUCGCCUGCAGAGUGCCUACGAGAAACACCUCAUCAUCAAAAUCGUCCUGUUUCAGUUUGUAAAUUCAUACCUGAGUCUUUUCUACAUCGGUUUCUACCUCAAAGACAUGGAGCGGCUGAAGGAGCUCCUGCUCAUCUUCUCUCUCUCCCAAAGCCUCACACGUCAGCUCAAAGAGGCUCUCCUUCCCUUCAUCCUCCUCCACCUCCACCUCUCUCUCAUCUUCUUUAAGGGCCUCCUGGGCUUUUGCUGGAGACUGGGAGUAUCCAAAAUGCUGGCCACGCUGCUCAUCACCCGCCAGUUCCUGCAGAACGUCCGGGAGGUGUCCCAGCCCCACCUGUACCGGCGCCUGCGCCGGGGGGACCUCAGCCUGCGCGACCUCCGCCAGCUCGCCCACGCCCUGCUUCGCCUGCUCGCCCCCAACCGCCGCCCCCCGGCUCCUCCCGAGGGGGCCCGGGGGGAGAAGAAAUGUUUGAACGGGGGAUGCGGGGUGCCGGAGGAAGAGGAGGAGGAGGAAGAGCGUCGCGAGUCGGACUCGGACUCGGAGGGCGCCCUGGACUGCGGGCUGAAGCUGAAGAAGGUGAGCUUCAUCGAGCGCGGCGAGCGGCGCGGAGCCGACCACGGCGGCCCCGACGACGACAGCAGCUUCCUGGAGGAGGGCAGCCCUACCAUGGUGGAGAAGGGCAUGGACCCUGCCUCCGUCUUCGAGCUGUGUGAGGAUGAGGAGGAGGCCGAAGGGCCCCCCGGCAGCCCGGUGAAAGCGGCGGAGCCGGCGGCGGUCCCGCGGACCGGCCGGAGGAAAAGAGGAGCCGAGGGCAAGGAGGAGGAGGAGGAGGAAGGUGAGGAGGAAGGGAGAAGACGUAACCGGGCGUCGUGGAUCGACCCGCCCGAGGAGGACUACUCCACGCAGCUGACCCAGGCAGAAGUGGAGAGCUGCAUGAAGAAGUAUGAGGACACCUUCCAGGACUACCAGGAGAUGUUCAUCCAGUUUGGCUACGUGGUGCUCUUCUCCUCUGCCUUCCCCCUGGCUGCCAUGUGCGCCCUGGUGAACAACAUCAUCGAGAUCCGCAGCGACGCCUUCAAGCUGUGCACAGGGCUCCAGCGCCCCUUCGGCCAGCGGGUGGAGAGCAUCGGGCAGUGGCAGAAGGUGAUGGAGGCCAUGGGCGUCCUGGCCAUCGUGGUCAACUGCUACCUGAUCGCCCAGUGCGGGCAGCUCCAGCGCCUCUUCCCCUGGCUCAGCCCCGAGGGAGCCAUCAUCUCUGUGGUGGUGCUGGAGCACUUUGCCCUGCUCCUGAAGUACAUCAUCCAAGUGGCCAUCCCUGACAUCCCUGCCUGGGUGGCCGAGGAGAUGGCCAAGCUGGAGUACCAACGGCGUGAGGCCUUCAAGAAGCACGAGCGGCAGGCUCAGCACCACUUCCAGCAGCAGCAGCGGCGGCGGCGGGAGGAGGAGGAGCGGCAGCGCCACGCCGAGUACCAGGCGCGCAAGGAACGCGAGAGCGGCCGCGACGAAGCCAAGGCAGAGGCCACCGGGCAGGACCCGACCCACGAGAAGAGCCAGGGCAAAGGGAAAGGCUCCGGCGGCUCCUCGCACGGCUCCGACAAGCCCAAGAGACCCAGCUCCCUCCUAGCCACCAACAACGUGAUGAAGCUGAAGCAGAUCAUCCCUCUGCAGGGCAAGUUCCUCUCCGGGGGAGCUGGAGGGGGUGGCACUGCCACCGCCAGGUCCCCCCAGUCCCCCACGGGCAGCGAGAACAAACUCCCCGGCUUCCUCAGCUUCAAGUUCCUGAAAUCCCCCGAGACUAAGCGGGACACGGGCACCGAGAAGGUCCAGUCGCCCACCAAGCCCUUCAACCCCAGCAAGCUCUUCAACUUCGGCAAGUCCGAAGGGGCUGGGGGCAACGGCGCCGCGGCCACCACCGCCUCCCCCCAGCCCCGGCCCGGCCCUUCGGCGGACGCGGCAGAGCGGCCGGGCCCCAGCAAGUCCCAUCUCAACGGGACACCGGAGGAGGGGCCCCGGGAGGAGCCCGAGAGCCGGGCGGAGGAGGAGAGUGGGGGCUACAAACUCUAACCAGAGCUCUCCGGGGAGCGGGAGCGAGCGGGGCUGCCCUCUCCCCUCCUCACCCCCUCGCCUGCCCUCGCUGUCCCCUGCCGCUUCCCUUCGCAUCCUUCCAGACCCUCUGCUGGGUCUCAUCAUCGCUCCAGCGGGGAUCUGGCCACGUCCCGCACCAAGGACUCGUCGUGAACAAGGUCCCCCUCGGUGGAAGCGGCAACAGGAUCCAGCGGCGGCUUUGGAUGGAGCAUCCCAACGGGUUCCUUCCUGCGCGCUCACGGGUGGGAGACCUCCCGCUCGGGCUCCGUGCCGUGACCACCCACACUGCACUGAGCACCACAAGGAGAUGCCUGAAGAGAGAGCUUGGUGCUGCCAGAUCCACCCGGAGCAGCCUCCGAGGAGAAGCUGGGGGAGCUUGGUGCUGCCAAACCCACCAAGCCCAUCCCGCUGGUGCCGCAGCUCCGAGCGCGGAGGGACGAAGCGAUGGUGGCCAGAGGAGCCCGAUUCAGCCGUGCCUACAGCCCCUGCCUACAGCCAUCACCCGGUGUCCUGCCGGCACCGGGCCCAUGCCCUGCUCCAUCCCGCUCCUGGCAGCCCCUCCACAUGGAUUUCAUCCCAGCACCGGGACACUUUCCUGCCCAAAACCCGGCUGGGAGGGCUGGGGGUGAGCAGCGAGCUGCAGCCUCCUGGAUUCUCAUGCAUGGGCAGCGUUUCUUGCACUAAAAAGAACCCCCCCCCCAAAAAAAAUACCCCAACGUGA